GCAGUACUUGGCUCGACAUGGUCCUCUUCUUCACCUCAGCUGUACACAAUCCGCCGGUGACGCUCUACAUGGGCAAGGACAAACACGAAAAUGAGGACCUUAUCAAGUUCGCAUGGCCUCAGGACGUUUGGUUUCACGUCGACAAGCUCUCGUCCGCGCACGUCUACCUGCGCAUGCCGGAGGGCAUGACCUGGGACGCGAUCCCCGAGCCGCUGCUCAUCGAUUGUGCGCAACUCGUCAAGGCCAAUUCGAUUGAAGGCAACAAGAAAGACAACAUCGUGAUCAUCUACACCCCAGCCGACAACCUUAAGAAAACGGGCGACAUGGCGAUCGGCCAGGUUUCAUUCCACAACGAUAAGAAGGUCAAACGAGUGCAUAUUCCAAAGCGCGAAAAUCCGAUCGUGAACCGGCUGAACAAGACCAAGGUCGAGCGAGCAGUCGACCACGAGCAGGAGAAGGUCGACAGGCUCAAGGCGGAGAGCGCUGUGCGCCGCGCUGCAGCCGCCGCCAAGAAAAAGGCAGAUCUCGAGCUUGCGCGCCAACGCGAAGCGGAGAAGGCGGCGCGCUCGUACGACAAUCUGUACAAUAUCGAGGAUGACGAGGAGGAGCCAAAGAAGACAGGCUGGGCGAUUGAAGAGGAUUUCAUAUAGAUUCUCUCUUGCUCUCAAAUGUUUUAGUUCUGCAUGCAUAUUCUCAGUGAUAGCCAG